AUGGACAGUAAAACUAUAGGUAUACUAGGAGGCGGCCAGCUUGGUCGUAUGAUAGUGGAAGCGGCUCAUAGACUUAAUAUCAAAACUGUCAUCUUAGAUGCUCCGCAAUCACCAGCCAAGCAAAUCAAUGCCCUUGAUGAACAUGUUGAUGGAUCCUUCACUGAUUAUGAAUCUAUUGCCAAAUUGGCUGAAAAGGUUGACAUUUUAACUGUUGAGAUUGAGCAUGUUGAUGUUGAUGCUUUGAAAAUGAUUCAACUGAAGUUCCCCAGUAUUGAGAUUUACCCGUUACCUGAUACUAUUAAAUUGAUACAGGAUAAAUAUUUACAAAAAGAACAUUUGAUUCAACAUGGUAUUGCUGUAACUGAUUCUCAAGCUAUUGCUGAAAAUACUACUGACAAUUUGUUAAAAAUUGGUCAAGCGUAUGGAUAUCCAUACAUGUUAAAAUCGAGAACAUUGGCAUAUGACGGAAGAGGUAAUUUCGUUGUCAAAGAUGAAUCAUAUGUUGAGAAAGCUUUAAAGUUUUUAGCUGAUCGUCCGUUAUAUGCUGAAAAAUGGUGCCCAUUUUCCAAAGAAUUGGCAGUUAUGGUGGUUAGAUCAAUCGAAGGUGAGGUGUUUUCAUAUCCCACCGUGGAAACCAUUCACCAAAAUAAUAUUUGUCAUCUUGUUUAUGCACCAGCUAGAAUCAAUGAUACUUUGGCAGAAAAGGCUUCGAUUUUGGCUCAAAAUGCUGUUAAAUCUUUCCCUGGUUGUGGUAUAUUUGGAGUAGAGAUGUUUUUAUUAGAAAGUGGUGAGCUUUUAAUUAAUGAAAUCGCACCGAGACCUCACAAUUCGGGUCACUAUACAAUUGAUGCUUGUGUCACGUCACAGUUUGAAGCUCAUGUUAGAGCAGUGACUGGAUUACCCAUGCCAAGGGGUUUCACUGAAUUUUCAACGACAAUCACCAAUGCCAUUAUGUUGAAUGUCUUGGGUGAUAAAGAUACACCAAACAAAGAAUUGGAAACGUGUCGUCGCGCAUUAGAAACCCCACACUCAACCGUAUACUUGUAUGGUAAAACCACCAGACCUGAACGUAAAAUGGGCCAUAUAAACAUUGUCACUUCGUCGAUGGAUGAUGCCGAAAAUAGAUUGGCUUACAUAAUGGGUAAAAGUGAUAAACUACAAGCUUCACCAGAUGCCAAUGGCGAAAGACAACAACCACUAGUUGGAAUCAUUAUGGGUUCUGAUUCCGAUUUACCAGUCAUGGCGGUUGGUGCUCGUAUUUUGAAACAGUUUGGUGUUCCAUUUGAAUUAACAAUUGUGAGUGCUCAUCGUACGCCACAUAGAAUGUCAAAAUACGCAAUUGAAGCGGCACAACGUGGAUUGAAAUGUAUCAUUGCUGGUGCUGGUGGAGCUGCUCAUUUACCAGGUAUGGUUGCCGCAAUGACUCCGCUACCAGUGAUUGGUGUGCCCGUAAAAGGUUCCACUUUAGACGGUGUUGAUUCAUUGCAUUCUAUUGUGCAAAUGCCAAGGGGUAUUCCUGUUGCCACAGUAGCUAUCAACAACAGUACCAAUGCUGCGUUAUUAGCUGUAAGAAUCUUGGGGGCAGUUGAUUCGAAAUGGUUGAACAAAAUGACCAAUUAUAUGCAGAACAUGGAGGAAGAAGUGUUGAAGAAAGCUGAAGUUGUUGAAGAGAUUGGGUAUGAAGAUUACCUCACUGACAAGUUGAAAAAGUAA